AUGCGGACAUUCAGCCUCGCGGGCGCAAGAGCUUCCGCAGACGUUCCCGAAGCCUGGAUCCUCCGCCCACGGUAUCGUUUGAAAAAAAGAAAAGAACCUCCCCGAAACCUGGCCUGCAGCGGUCUGCUCUCCCUGCCUGCCCUUGGGGCCCCGGGGCGGGGAGGGGUUUUUCGGGCAGACGUGGGUCCCAGAGCACGGACUACUCGGGACAAGUCUGGCGCAAAGCUGAAGCCGAACCCCACACCAGUCCGCGGCGCCCCGCCUCUGUCACAGCUGCUGCCCCUACUCAAGAUGGCGGCCCGGACCCCUUCCGCCGCCUUCGCGGCCGCUUCCUGCCGGCCCCCCUGGUUCAAUCAGCGGCCGACAACUUGCGGCGUGUGGGAGGGCGCGGGGUCCGCCCGCCAAUGGGGAACUACGGCGCGCGGCCGGGACCCGGAGGCAGCUCCUCACGGCGGGCGCGGUUCAGUCCGGCAGCGGCGGCGGCGGCGGCGGUGGAGGAGGAGGAGGAUGUGGGCCACGCAGGGGCUGGCGGUGGCGCUGGCUCUGAGCGUGUUGCCGGGCGGCCGGGCUCUGCGGCCAGGCGACUGCGAAGUCUGUAUCUCUUAUCUGGGAAGAUUUUAUCAGGACCUCAAAGAUCGAGAUGUCACAUUCUCACCAUCCUCUGUUGAAAAAGAGCUUAUAAAAUUCUGCCGGGAAGCAAGAGGCAAAGAGAAUCGGUUGUGCUACUACAUUGGGGCCACAGAUGACGCUGCCACUAAGAUCAUCAACGAGGUGUCGAAGCCCCUGGCCCACCACAUCCCUGUGGAGAAGGUCUGUGAGAAGCUCAAAAAGAAGGACAGCCAGAUCUGUGAGCUAAAGUAUGACAAGCAGAUUGAUCUGAGCACAGUGGACCUGAAGAAGCUCCGGGUUAAAGAACUCAAGAAGAUCCUGGACGACUGGGGGGAGACGUGCAAAGGCUGUGCGGAGAAGUCUGACUACAUCCGGAAGAUUAAUGAACUGAUGCCUAAAUAUGCCCCCAAGGCAGCCGGUUCACGGACUGAUUUGUAGUCUGCCCGCCCCCUGCUGCACCUGUGGGGAAAGCAUUCCACUUGCGUCUUCCCUGCAGCCUUUUUGUAAUUUAUUUUUUAGGCAGGCUCCUGACAAUGUCAGGUGUGAAGCCUGGAGCUCUCCUGCCGAUGCUGGCUCUACAGCGCCCCCUGGGGGGUUCACUUUGUUCUGUUGCUGGUUUACUCUAGGACUUCAAAGUGUGUUUGGGAAUUUUUUAUUAAAGGAAGAACAUUUCUAGCUGUC